AUGUUAGAGAAGGUUUACAGCGUUGAGGGUAUACGAACACCUAGUGCAGAGCAGAUACAGGAGAUCACUGCUCGUCUUAGAGUGUACGGUCAUAUUGAAGGGAAAAAUGUCUUUUACUGGUUUCAAAAUCAUAAGGCUCGCCAACGCCAGAAGCAAAGGCAUGAACGCGGUUUACUAACCACUACCGCCGCGAGUUCCUCUGCUAAUGGAAUUCCUCAUUCGCCUCAUCAACACUGUCAUUAUCCUGGGAUUAUUAAUCAUAAUUUUCAACCUCGGCCUGUUUUUCCUGCUCCUCAUCAUCCUACUAAUUACCCUCAUCAGUAUCUUCCUAAUCCUAAUGUAAUAUGCAGCCCAUAUUACCAUUUGCCACAACCAAGCCUUGGGUUUUAUAAUGCUCCACUGCAUCACUUCACUGCACCUGCAUCAGCUGAUCAUCAUCAUCAUCAUCAGGGAAUGAUGAAGACGAGAUCGUUGAGAUCGAUGGAUAAUGAUCGUCAUAAUCAAGGGAACUCGAUGGAGAUGACCACACUGAAUCUUUUCCCUGUACACCCAACUGGAAUACUGGAUCACAAGCUUGGUGGAGAAAGUAGUACUAGUACUAGUAGCUAG